AUGAACUCCAGCAGCUCUAUCCAAACCACUCACAGCAGCGACAAGGCCCUCAACGGCAACCAUCCAGCACCCAACAGCACCGGCCUCCCAAGCCUCUACGACUGUGGCAGCGACGGCGAAGGUAGUGGCGGUUGUGGUGCUGGUGGCAGCAGCGGAGAAGAAGACGACUACGGCGAGAAGGUCGUCCAACGGCAGCCGAGACGACAGCGCACCCCACCACCACCUCUCAAGACCAUCAUCGACAAGGCCGCCAACAAGACCUACCGACAGACCCAUCUUCUGGGCGAAGGUUCAUUCGGACAUGUCCAUGUAGCUGUCGACGAGAAGGGCGAAAAGGUCGCUAUUAAGACCUUCAAGAUAUUUGACAUCGCGAAUGCGGAUGUGAGUAUUGAUUUCUGUUACUCCAAGCAUGUAUGGACGUUUGACUGGGUUGAACGAGAGUGGCGAGCAUGCAUGACGAUCCGCGACCAUCAGCCCCACCACCCCAAUGUCGUUGCCCCCAUCAGCUUUUUCAAGGACGGAAUGAUUCCAUGUUUGACGAUGGAACUGUGCUCCAACAAGACCGUCGACACCUUGUUGGAAGCCAGAGGAAGUCUCCGGGAACAUGAAGUCCGCUAUUUCGGGCAGCAGCUGGUGGCCGGUGUGGAUCAUCUUCACAGUUUGAACCUGUUCCACAAUGACCUGAAGCCGCUUAACCUUCUGCUGACAGAGGAGCUGGUAUUGAAGGUCGGCGACUUCGGUCAGGCGCAAGAUCUGAAAGAGGGCAAGGUGUUCCGGAAUGUGGUCGGUACUCCGGGCUUCCAGGCCCCCGAGGUCCUCAAUCGCGAGAGGCACACCUACGCCCUGGAUGUCUUCGCCAUCGGGGCCAUCCUCUUCAGGAUGUUGCUUGGUGCCACGUACCAGCUCCCUGGCAAGACGGCAGAUAGCAAGAGGAAGCCUCUCAAGAAUAUCGGAGGUUUGAGUCCCAAUGCCAGGGACUUGCUCCAGAGAACCCUCGAGUGCGACCCUGGGAGCCGGAUCACGAUGGCCGAUCUGCUCACCCACCCCUUCCUGACCGACGGGCCUGUGCCGCAGAGUGUCUCCUGGGACAUUCUGCGCACAGCUGCUCCGCUUCCAACCGAGGACGACGCAUCAGACCUUGAUGGCGCUUAUCAGGUUGAGGUUAUCAAGUCGCAGGAAGAGGAGGGUACCAAGGCGCCGGAGGAGCAGAUCGGAGCCCAGGUUGGCGAUUCCGUCGAGGAGGAGAAGGAGAAGGACGAGGAAGAGGAGGAGACCCAGCCCCAGGAGGAGGCCGCCCAGACCUUCCAGGUGGCCGAGCCCUUAGAGCCAGUCGUCGACCUUGACGACAUUGACCUCGACGACAUCUUUGAACAGAGCCAAAAGGUCUGGGAGGACGACUCGGAUGAAGAUGAUGAGGAGGAGGAGGAAAGAGCUAAGGGCCGCAAGAAGGCCAAGGCCAUCCAGAAGGGAGCGGUGAAGGAGGGGAAGGCACCAGAGGACAAGGACGGAGGUCAUGGAGGUGGCCAGGAUUACUGGCACACCUACCUCCGUCGGUAA